UUUUUUAUUUCCUUAGGAGCUGCCUUCCGAUUACAGAAAUUGCCUGAAUGACACUGAGUGCUUGAGUGAGAAUCACCAGAAAACAGGAAAAGGACACAAAGAAACACUCCCUUGUUGGAUGAUGGCCACGCCCAGUGCUCCACGGCCGGAAUGGAUGGAGGAAGUGCGGAUCUAUCGGAAUCCUCGUGAGCGCGAGAAGUACGACAACCAGGCGGAGUUGUUCGCCGUGAUCAACACACUCCAACACUUGGAGAAGGCCUACAUCAAGGACUGCGCUCCGGCCAAGGAGUACACCUCCCACUGUAGCAAACUUCUGGUCCAGUACAAGGCGGCCUUCAAGCAAGUCCAGAGCGAUGAAUUCCCCACCGUCGAGGACUUAAUGCGCAAAUAUCGUAUGGAUUGCAAAUUGGCCUUGGAACGCAUCCGAGCCGAUCGACCUAUCACCAUUAAGGACGACAAGGGUAACACCUCCAAGUUGAUUGCGGCCAGUGUGGCGGGCUUCAUCACAGUCAUGGACAAACUCAGACUCGAUAUCCGCUCCAUGGACGAGCUGUUCCCGGACGUCAAGGACUUGGCCGAGAACCUGAGUCGGUUGAGCUUGCUGCCCUCAGAUUACGAAGGUCGGAAGAAGAUUGAAAAAUGGCUGACCACGCUAAAUACUAUGGAGGCCUCGGAUGAGCUGACCGACACGCAAGCCCGGCAGAUGGUCUUUGAUUUGGAGUCAUCUUACAGCGAGUUAAACGAAGUGCUACAUUCCUCGUGAUCAGCAACAACUAUUUGUGUCACUAUGUCAUUGCCCCCCCCCAGGCCCCAUUUAUUCCCUGUCAUGGGCCAGCCGCCCCUAGGCCCACCCUUACGCUGACCCGAAUGAUUUUCAUACAGAUAUGAUUGACCUGAAA